AUGGAAUCUUACAAUUAUAAUAUAACAGGGAUUAACUGGAAACGCUGCUUCCGAGCGGUUGGCCACACAGCCAAAAGAUGUCCCAAAAUUCAAGAUCUAAAAACUGCUGUUGAAGCUAAUUUCACUGUUUCUACACGUUCAAAAUCCACCAAAAAAUCUGGUAAUAAGCGUAACCAUGUCCACCACCUUAACUCCACGGUACCGGCCGAUGAACUGCGGUGUCUUCGGCGAGCUCCAUCAUCAAAUGAAUUGAACAUCGACAACUUCUUUGUUCUAAACUCUGCUGCUGAGAUAUCUCCAAUUGACUCCAAGUUCCUACAUUCAAGGAAUGAUAAUCCACCGGAUCCAUUAUUUGGUGCUGGUAACGAAGAAAUUCCAGUUGCUGCAUCGGGUAAUUUAACGUUCCAUUGGCUCAACAACACUUCUCAUUCUCUCUAUGCGAUAUCUUCGCCCCAUGUCGAUUUAAACCUCAUUAGCACUGAUGCUCUCGAAGAUGUUGGUAUCAUUGUUGACAAUCGUCGUAAGGCUUUGGUGAGACUGGAUAGUGAUGAAGUUCUUGCUCCUAUUACUAAGAUUGGUAAAUAUAGAUGUGUUCCUCUUUCCUUCGGUAAAUUACCCAAACACAAGUCCCCNAGUCCAUGUGCUUUCCAAAAAUUUCCAUUAACAUUCGUUCAUAGACUAUUCGAUCAUAUUAAUGUUAAAGACACUAGGAAGUCUAUUGAAAGCAAAUUGAUAACCAAUAUUCGCAUAAAUGACGUUGACUGGACCGGUAUUGACAAAUUCCAAUGUAAGGACUGUUUGGCUGGUAAACUUACCAAACAUAAACACAUUGUUGGUUCUCGUUUAAAAUACCAAAAAUAUUAUGAACCUUUCGAAUAUAUCCAUACUGAUUUGUUUGGUCCGGUGUCCGGUGUUGAUAUUACUUCACCAAAAUAUUUUAUCUCAUUCACAGAUGAGAAUACAAGGUUUCGUUGGGUAUUCCCGUUGAAAAAGAAAGAUGCUGAUCAUAUCUUACCGAUAUUUCAACAAUUGGUCAAUUAUAUCAAAACUCAAUUUAAGGUAAGGGUGCUCACGUUCCACAUGGAUCGUGGUUCUGAAUAUACAAGUACCAUGGUCCGUGAUUACUUCAAAGUUAAGGGUAUUAUCCCUAUCUACACUACUGUCGGCGACUCGUCUUCCAAUGGUAUUGCUGAACGUGCUAAUUUAACUUUCCUAAAUGAUUGCAGAACUUUGUAUUGA